AAUCAAAUCCGCAAUUCAUUGUACGUUCUUCGUAAAGCGAGGUUUUACGUGUUUUGAUACAGAGUUAUUCGAUUUUGUUUGUGAAAUAUACAUCGGUAGAGAACAUGUCGUCGAGAUACGAUCGCGCUAUUACCGUCUUUUCACCGGACGGCCACUUGCUGCAGGUAGAGUACGCCCAGGAAGCGGUCCGCAAAGGAUCGACCGCAAUCGGUGUGCGCGGUAAGGAUGUUGUGGUACUCGGCGUAGAAAAGAAAUCGGUCGCCAAACUGCAGGAAGAACGUACCGUCCGGAAGAUUUGUCUGCUGGACCAUCAUGUCGUGAUGGCCUUUGCUGGCCUAACGGCCGACGCUCGUGUGCUGAUCAAUCGCGCCCAGGUACAGUGUCAGUCACACAAACUCUCGGAGGAAGAUCCCGUUACGCUGGAGUACAUCACCCGCUACAUUGCUGAGCUGAAGCAGAAACACACGCAGAGCAACGGACGUCGUCCUUUCGGCAUUUCCUGCCUGAUCGGUGGCUUCGACUAUGACGGCGUGCCGCAUCUAUACAAAACGGAACCAUCCGGUGUGUACUGCGAGUGGAAAGCCAACGCUACGGGCCGCUCGGCGAAGACGGUGCGCGAAUUCUUGGAGGAGCACUAUUCUCCGGCCGCGGUCAGUACAGAGGAGGGAACGAUCACGCUAGCAAUACGGGCCCUGCUUGAGGUGGUGCAGUCUGGACAGAAAAGCCUAGAGGUUGCUGUGAUGAGACGCGACGAACCGAUGAUGAUGCUGGACGCUCAAACGAUUGAAGAGUACGUGAAAAAGAUCGAACUAGCGAAGGAGGAGGAAGCAGAGAAGAAAAAGGCGAAGAAGUGAUUUACCCUCGCGGAACCGCAUUUUCGAACUGCACUGUCAUGUUUUCUUAUGUCUAAUUUCGCGAAGGACUUCGGAGGAUCAAGUCUGAGGCGGUGGUUGAUAUAAAGUAUUGCAUUAAAAUCACUGAAUACACUUGAUGGAAUGGA